CGCCUCCCGCAGCAGAAGAUGCGGCCGAGGAGGCGGCGGCGGCGGCGGCGCGCUCCGGCGGUCUGAAGCGGCGGCAGGGUGCCACGGGCCGGCGGCGCGAUGAGCUGUGCGGCCGCCCCCGGCUCGGGGCUGUGAGGGGCUCGGGGCCGGGGGUGGGCGGCGGCGGCGCGGCGGGCGGCCCACGCUUCUCCUCGGAGGCGGCGGCGGUGGCCAUGCGCAGGACGGCGCGGCCGGGGCCGCCGGGCCGGGGCCGCCUCCCGUGGACCCGCGGCCUGAGGGCCCCGCCGCCGCCGCUGCUGCUCCUGCUCGCGCUGCUGCCGCUGCUGCUCGCACCAGGCGCCGCCGCCGCCCCUGCCCCGAGGCCGCCGGCGCUGCCUCCCGCGUCCGCCGGGCCCAGCGUAAGCCUCUACCUGAGCGAGGAUGAGGUGCGCCGGCUUAUCGGUCUUGAUGCAGAACUUUAUUAUGUGAGAAAUGAUCUUAUUAGUCACUACGCCCUAUCCUUUAACCUGUUAGUACCCAGCGAGACAAAUUUCCUGCACUUCACUUGGCAUGCAAAGUCCAAGGUUGAAUAUAAGCUGGGAUUCCAAGUAGACAAUUUUGUGGCUAUGGACAUGCCCCAGGUCAACAUUUCUGCUCAGGGGGAAGUUCCACGCACUUUAUCAGUGUUUCGGGUCGAGCUUUCCUGUACUGGCAAAGUAGAUUCUGAGGUUAUGAUACUAAUGCAGCUCAACUUGACAGUAAAUUCUUCAAAAAACUUUACAGUCUUAAAUUUUAAACGAAGGAAAAUGUGCUACAAAAAACUUGAAGAAGUAAAAACUUCAUCCUUGGACAAAAACACUAGCAGAACUAUUUAUGAUCCUGUACAUGCAGCUCCAACCACUUCUACACGUGUAUUUUAUAUCAGCGUAGGGGUUUGCUGUGCAGUAAUAUUUCUUGUAGCAAUAAUAUUAGCUGUUUUGCACCUUCAUAGUAUGAAAAGGAUUGAACUGGAUGACAGCAUCAGUGCCAGCAGUAGUUCCCAAGGGCUGUCUCAGCCAUCUACCCAGACGACUCAGUAUCUGAGAGCCGACACACCCAACAAUGCAACUCCUAUCACCAGUUAUCCUACCUUGCGGAUAGAGAAGAAUGACCUGAGAAGUGUCACUCUUUUGGAGGCCAAAGCUAAGGUGAAGGAUAUCGCAAUAUCCAGGGAGAGGAUAACUCUAAAAGAUGUACUCCAAGAAGGUACUUUUGGGCGUAUUUUCCAUGGGAUUUUAGUAGAUGAAAAAGAUCCAAAUAAGGAAAAACAAGCAUUUGUAAAAACAGUUAAAGAUCAAGCUUCUGAAAUUCAGGUGACAAUGAUGCUCACUGAAAGUUGUAAGCUACGAGGUCUUCAUCACAGAAAUCUUCUUCCUAUUACCCAUGUCUGUAUAGAAGAAGGAGAAAAGCCCAUGGUGAUAUUGCCUUACAUGAAUUGGGGGAAUCUUAAAUUGUUUUUACGGCAGUGCAAAUUAGUAGAGGCCAAUAAUCCACAGGCAAUUUCUCAACAAGACCUGGUCCACAUGGCUAUUCAGAUUGCCUGUGGAAUGAGCUAUCUGGCCAGAAGGGAAGUCAUCCACAAAGACCUGGCUGCUAGGAACUGUGUCAUUGAUGACACACUUCAAGUUAAGAUCACAGACAAUGCCCUCUCCAGAGACUUGUUCCCUAUGGACUAUCAUUGUCUGGGAGACAACGAAAACAGGCCGGUUCGGUGGAUGGCUCUUGAAAGUCUGGUUAAUAACGAAUUCUCCAGUGCUAGUGAUGUGUGGGCCUUUGGAGUGACGCUGUGGGAGCUCAUGACUCUGGGCCAAACACCCUAUGUGGACAUCGACCCGUUUGAGAUGGCCGCGUACCUGAAAGACGGUUACCGAAUAGCCCAGCCGAUCAACUGUCCUGAUGAACUAUUUGCUGUGAUGGCUUGUUGCUGGGCCUUAGAUCCGGAGGAGAGGCCCAAGUUCCAGCAGCUGGUCCAGUGUCUCACAGAGUUCCAUGCAGCCCUGGGGGCCUACGUCUGACUCCUCUCACAGUCCCCCAGCGUCAGGAGGAAGGAGCCUGCCAGGGCUCACUUGCAGCCGGUCACGGAUGCCGCAUACGCCACGCAACGCCGCAGAAGCACAUUUGUCUUCCAGAGCACCGUGCCUUAGGAAUGCUUUAGAAUCGGAACUAUCUAAGGCAGACUUAAUGAUGUCAAAUAUUUUCUAGAUAUCACUUUCAUUAGGUUGAACUGAAAAUGUUUUUGUAAAUUUUUUGGCCAAAAAUUUUUUUAAACAUAGUUAACUUUGGACUAGGGGUACAUUCUUACAAAAUAAAUAAACAGUUUUUAAAAUUGUUUAAACACA